AUUUCUGCCCGCCGUACGGUCAAGAAUUAUUUUUAAUCUUCUCGCUCUCUUCUAACCGCGCGAGGCCACACUCAUCACUUUUUAGUCAGUCAGUCGGUGUAUAGUGCGAUUUUCGGUUCGUUCUUCAAAUUGGAGAAAAGUCUUCAGCGAGCGGAUCUUCCGGCUGCGUGUUUCGUCGAGUUGUACCAGGAGAAUCACUAAACUGGCUAAGUCGAAAGCCGAGACGGCUCAACCUGGAUACCGCCAGCAGCCCGGAGUGACCAUCAAUGCGCGCGUUAUCGCCCGUGGUAUGACCGACGUGAAGAAGCUGAUCGAGCACACCUCGUCCAAUCACUUUAGCGAACCCGCCGAGGAACCUGCUGCUGCCAACCACUUGGUGGAGAUUGCCUAGAACAGCUGGAAGUGUUGCUUGAAGAGCUGAACAAACUGUUUAAGGUUUUAUGUAACGCGAGGUGAAGCUUUCCAAGAAGAAUUGGCCGUACCGCAAUUGGACGCUGGUUUGUACCGUACGAGAGUGAGUGAGUCCGCGACGAAAAUAGCUACCUCGGUUCUGUUUUGGUUGACCUGUUUGUAAACACACUAGCUGCAUCCGCAAAGUCCAAGUAGUGGAAAUUCACCGUGGCAAAACAGAUCAUCGCUGAUAACGUGCCGAACGCCAAGUUAGCGCCGCAAGAUUUCAUCAGAUAGCCGAGGAACCUCCCAGAAUCCGGUCAAGUAUUAGCAGUUCUAGGAAAGAACCAACCAAGUAACAACGCUCAGAAAGGAGCAUUGCGCCAAGUUUAACAACCUGAUCCACGGUCAAGCCGCGCUCACUCUUGUAUCCAUCGGGGCGAAACAACGUGGUUGUCGUCGUCGUCGUGUUUUGGAAUUUGCGCGCCCGCGUACAAAGUGCAAGUCUCGUCGCGCGUAAAACAACAGCCUGAACGGCAGCAGUAGCAGGCAGAAAAGGUCCUCCGGAACUUAUCGCGGCUCAGUUUUAAGUUUCACCGCUCUAGUUCUAGUGUAGUUCAACGCGACGCGUGCUUAAGUUCGCCAAACUUUUCGAGACCGUCCAAGUUACGCUUCAAAGGGGUGCAAAGUUCAAGCCUUUUCAGUGUUUGCCAAUAUCUGCGAAGUAGUUUUUUAUGCUUUUGUGACCACCAACUCUAGUUUACGCUUCAAGGUUUCAAGUUGCACAGCACAAACAGGAAGUGAUCGCGCUCAGUCAGCCUUAACGGAAAGAAGUCGCACCUUCUAGAAGGAAAAAAAAACAAAUCCCAGAAAAUCACAGCAAAUUGCAUCACGACGCAGUUCGCAGGAAAAUCGAUAAAGUGCAUCCGCUUGACAUCGAAUCAGCUGUAGAGAAGAGAUUCCCGUGGCCUUCAACCAGAAGAGAAAAUCAACUCAGCUCAGGAAGAGAUGGCCCCCAUUGCGACGACCAACGAUUCCAAGCAGGCCCACCUGCUGCUGCAGGCUGGCGAGGAAGCGGCCCUGAAUCGCCGUCCCGAUGCCAGCUACUACAGUAACCAUAAAAAUGGCCUAAACGAAGGAACCCGUCCCACCGUGAAGCCGGAACUGGCUGCCAAGCCAUGCCCCAUUGGGGCACCCCUCGUGGUGACCAUCGUGGGUCUGCCCUGCCGUGGGAAAUCGCUGGCCGCCCACAAGGUGGCCCGCCAUCUUAACUGGCGGGGUCACAGCGCCAAAGUCUUCAAUGUGGAAAGCGCUGCCACUGCAGAUACUCUCCGUGAAAUCUCACUGUUCUUCAAGGAGGGCAAUAAUGUCGCGAUCAUCGACGGCAUGCACCUGACCCGGCAGUCCCGCCAGCUGCUGGCCACGUUCUGCAGCGAGAAAGUGUUCCACCAUCUGCUGAUCGAGUUCAGCUGCACCGACAAGUGUCUCCGGGAAAACAUCGACGACACGGUCGCGUUCUACCACAACCUGGACCAGAACGUCGACUGGGAGCGGCGACUGCGCGAAAGCAACGAGCUGCACUCGGCUCUGUUUGAGGCGUGUUCACCGCUGGAGGGACCACUGAUUACGGUCAACAAUUCGGAGGACGCGCGGUUGCACUCGAUUACGGCCCGGGGCGUGCUCGGGGCCAUCCAGACGGCCAUUCUGGGUGUGCUGGCCAUUCCGGUCAUACGGCAUCGGACGUUCUAUCUGAGUAGACACGGUGAAUCUGACUACAACGUUUUGGGACGAAUCGGCGGCAAUGCAGAUCUGUCCCCUCGGGGAAUGAAGUACGCUGAGCGGUUGGCGCGACAACUUGGAGGUCCAGGAUCAGCUCCCGACUGCCCAAAACCUAAGCUGAUUUGGACCUCCGAGCUGCGACGAACGAUCCGCACCGUGCAGAACAUCCCGGGACCCCGAACGGCCAUCAAAGAUCUGAACGAAAUCGACGCGGGCAUCUGCGAGGGCCUGACCUACGAGGAGAUUCAGGAGCGCUUCCCGCAGGAGUUCGCGUGGCGUGACCAGGACAAGUUCAAGUAUCGCUACCCCCACGGCGAGUCCUAUCUGGAUCUGCUGCAGCGGGUGGACAGCGUGGUGCAGGCGCUGCUCGCCAACACGGACGUCCUAGUCGUGUCCCACCAGGCCGUGCUGCGGUGCAUAAUGGCGUACUUCAAGGGCACCCGACCUGACGACGUUCCGUACAUCAACGUGCCACUGCACACGCUGCUCAUCGUGCGUUCCUAUGGGUAUGAUUUUGAAGUGGAAACCGUUCCACUCAAGGUGGAAUGUGUGGAUACGUAUCGUAUUCAGCCAAAGAACUGCUCGACGACACGCACAACCGCGGACGCUCUGACCACGGUUCCGGCGCACUUUGACGCCCCGAUAGCGCAACCACCUCCGGCAAUGGUGGCCAGCAGCCAGGCCACGACCACGAUCAGCUAAGCUGCGGCCAGCACAGGUGUGACCAGAUUUGCUAAAACACAACACAAAGAAUGCUCUACUAGCUAUUAUUACCGCGCGCUCUGUCGCCUGGCUGAUGGACAACAGUUUAGCAGAGAAUUAACCCCGUCGAGAUGAGACAGUAUGGCAAAACGGAUUGUCGCAAAUAAAAAAAAAACAAAACAAAAAAGUCACACGAAAACCAAGAAAAAAACAAAUCUCCGGUUCUUCCAAAAAAGUUCGUACAAAUUAUUUGAAAAAAACGAAGGUGAAGGUGAAUCGAAAAGGUCUGGAAAACAUUGGAAUCCAAGCUUAAUUGAGUCGUAAUUUGUUCGGAAAGCUUUGCAAUUACCGUUGUAACCAACACUUACUAACCUUUCUUUUAACUUACUGUUUGACAAUCUUUUGGUCGCACGACCACUUUUCUGUCUAAAUUUUUCAUGAAUGUCUAGUGCAUGCAACAAGCAGACGUGAAAAGAAAUGAGAGAAAGAUGCAUUUUAUUAUACACAAACAUACACAAGAUGAGACAAACACAAAAAAAACUUAGUAGUGAUCCUAAAUCGUAUUUCAUUAAAAAAAAUGCUUGAAAGGAAUCGAAGAAAAAACUAAAAUGCAGAAGGCACCAGCACUUAGAACGACGAAAAAGAAGAAGCAAAUUGGAAUGAUGCUAGAUUUAGAAGAAGCACGAGCUAAGAAUAUAUUUAUAUACAAAAAUACCGAUACUUUUAGUUUAUCAUGUUGAUUUUUUAUUUGUAGAAAACAUGGUAUGAUAGAAGGUCGAUUCAAAAUGAAAAAGCCAUAUAUUAAACGUAUAAGAGUUGAAUAA